AUGUGCUUCGGAUCUAGUGAUGAUGACAACAGUCAGACUCCUCCACGGCCACGACAGACACAUCCUCAGGACACCCAACCGCAACGCCGCCAUGGAGAUACAGGUGCGGUAACUGCACCCAUUGCCCUUCGCCCAAUGAGGCCCAUGAUGACACCAGGAAACAUACCUCCCAACGAUGUCCCCGCCUUUGCUCGCUCAAUUGAUUUCCAUCUACGUGGCCUAGGCUAUGCCUUCAUCGGGGGAGUUGCUUGUUCUCUUCUUGGUUCUCAGCGCACCACGCAUGAUCUCGAUAUCAUUGUUCCUCAAGGUGCAAGACGCCAGGCAUUAUCUAUUUUGGCCAGGGACUCUACAAAUUUCGGAGUAGCCGAAGGUGGCAGCUGGGUGAAUAUGAAUAGGAGACGCUACAACCUGGAUGUCAUUGAGCCGCAGCAAAUCGGCCAACAAUUUACCGGGCGAGAAGUUGUCAUCUCAAACGGCGUCAGAGUCCUGGACCCUAAUUUGCUGCUACAGUAUAAAAGAUACUCCCUUUCGCGUCGAGAUCGAAGCCGUGUGUCUUCUAUUGAAAAUGAUAAAUCUGAUAUUAAAUUUUUAACGCAAUACUUGAAAAACCAUCGCUAA